AUGGGAUCACUGCUUGGGCUCCUGGCUCUGCUACUGCUGUGGGGCGCUGUGGCUGAAGGCCCAGCCAAGAAGGUGCUGACCCUGGAGGGGGACCUGGUUCUGGGUGGGCUGUUUCCGGUACAUCAGAAGGGUGGCCCAGCAGAGGAGUGUGGCCCUGUCAAUGAACAUCGCGGCAUCCAGCGUCUGGAGGCCAUGCUUUUUGCGCUGGAUCGUAUCAACCGUGACCCGAGUCUGCUCCCAGGAGUGCGCCUGGGUGCGCACAUACUCGACAGUUGCUCCAAGGACACGCAUGCUCUGGAGCAGGCACUUGACUUUGUGCGUGCCUCACUCAGCCGCGGUGCCGACGGCUCACGCCACAUUUGCCCUGACGGCUCUUAUGCCACCCAUGGUGAUGCUCCCACUGCCAUCACUGGUGUCAUUGGCGGCUCCUACAGCGAUGUCUCCAUCCAGGUGGCCAACCUCCUGCGGCUAUUUCAGAUCCCUCAGAUCAGCUAUGCCUCCACCAGUGCCAAGCUGAGUGAUAAGUCCCGCUAUGACUACUUUGCCCGCACAGUGCCCCCCGACUUCUUCCAAGCCAAAGCCAUGGCUGAGAUUCUCCGCUUCUUCAACUGGACCUACGUAUCCACCGUGGCAUCCGAGGGUGACUAUGGCGAGACAGGCAUCGAAGCCUUUGAGCUAGAGGCCCGCGCCCGCAACAUCUGCGUGGCCACCUCGGAGAAGGUGGGCCGCGCCAUGAGCCGUGCGGCCUUCGAGGGCGUGGUGCGAGCCCUGCUGCAGAAGCCCAGUGCCCGUGUGGCUGUCCUGUUCACCCGCUCCGAGGAUGCCCGCGAGCUCCUCGCUGCCACCCAGCGCCUCAAUGCCAGCUUCACCUGGGUUGCCAGCGAUGGCUGGGGGGCCCUGGAGAGUGUGGUGGCAGGCAGUGAGGGUGCUGCUGAAGGCGCCAUCACCAUAGAGCUGGCUUCCUACCCCAUCAGUGACUUUGCCUCCUACUUCCAGAGCCUGGACCCAUGGAACAACAGCCGGAACCCCUGGUUCCGUGAAUUUUGGGAGCAGAGGUUCCGCUGCAGCUUCCGGCAGCAAGACUGUGUGGCUCACUCCCUGCGGGCCGUGCCCUUUGAGCAAGAGUCCAAGAUCAUGUUUGUGGUCAACGCUGUGUACGCCAUGGCCCACGCCCUGCACAACAUGCAUCGUGCCCUCUGCCCCAACACCACCCGCCUCUGUGAUGCAAUGCGGCCCGUCAACGGGCGCCGCCUCUACAAAGACUUCGUGCUCAACGUCAAGUUCGAUGCCCCCUUCCGCCCAGCUGACACCCACAGCGAGGUCCGCUUCGACCGCUUUGGGGACGGUAUUGGUCGCUACAACAUCUUCACCUACCUGCGGGCAGGCGGUGGGCGCUAUCGCUACCAGAAGGUGGGCUACUGGGCAGAAGGCCUGACCCUGGACACCAGCCUCAUCCCCUGGGCCUCACCCUCAGCCGGUCCCUUGCCCGCUUCCCGCUGCAGUGAGCCCUGCCUCCAGAACGAGGUGAAGAGCGUUCAGCCGGGGGAGGUCUGCUGCUGGCUCUGCAUUCCCUGCCAGCCCUAUGAGUACCGGCUGGACGAGUUCACCUGCGCCGACUGUGGCCUGGGCUACUGGCCCAACGCCAGCCUCACCGGCUGCUUCGAGCUGCCCCAGGAGUACAUCCGCUGGGGCGACGCCUGGGCCGUGGGACCUGUCACCAUCGCCUGCCUAGGCGCCCUGGCCACCCUUUUCGUGCUGGGUGUCUUCGUGAGGCACGACGCCAGCCCUGUGGUCAAGGCCUCGGGCCGAGAGCUCUGCUAUAUCCUGCUGGGCGGCGUCUUCCUCUGCUACUGCAUGACCUUCGUCUUCAUCGCCAAGCCGUCCACAGCGGUGUGCACCUUACGGCGCCUCGGUCUGGGCACUGCCUUCUCCGUCUGCUACUCAGCUCUGCUCACCAAGACCAACCGCAUCGCGCGCAUCUUCGGCGGGGCCCGGGAGGGAGCCCAGCGGCCGCGCUGCAUCAGCCCUGCCUCGCAGGUGGCCAUCUGCCUGGCCCUUAUCUCGGGCCAGCUGCUCAUCGUGGCCACCUGGCUGGUGGUGGAGGCCCCGGGCACAGGCAAGGAGACAGCCCCUGAGCGGCGGGAGGUAGUGACGCUGCGCUGUAACCACCGCGAUGCAAGCAUGCUGGGCUCGCUGGCCUACAACGUGCUCCUCAUUGCGCUCUGCACGCUCUACGCGUUUAAGACCCGCAAGUGCCCCGAGAACUUCAACGAGGCCAAGUUCAUCGGCUUUACCAUGUACACCACCUGCAUUAUCUGGCUGGCCUUCCUGCCCAUCUUCUAUGUCACCUCCAGUGACUACCGGGUGCAGACCACCACCAUGUGCGUGUCGGUCAGCCUCAGUGGCUCUGUGGUGCUCGGCUGUCUGUUUGCACCCAAGCUGCACAUCAUCCUGUUUCAGCCGCAAAAGAACGUGGUCAGCCACCGCACGCCCACCAGCCGCUUCGGCAGCGCUGCUGCCAGAGCCAGCUCCAGCCUCGGCCAAGGGUCUGGCUCCCAGUUUGUCCCCACUGUUUGCAACGGCCGCGAGGUGGUGGACUCAACAACAUCAUCGCUUUGA